CUAUAUGAUCAUUAAAAUAAAGCAUAUACAAUACUUGUAUAUCUUUUUCUUUAAUCUAAAUAUUUCCCUUUAUAUAGAUGUGACUUUGUAAUUAGACUCCCACAUUUUACAAAUAUCCCAAUACUACACAUAACCUUACUCUCAUAUAACCAAGGCUUAUUACAAAUUUGCAACCCAUAAGAUACUUUCAGGGUUGAAGUGUUACAUCAUGGCAUACAAGCAAAUGAGGCCAGCAGCAUCCUUCUUGUUGUUUCUUAACUUCUGCAUGUAUGUAGUUGUUUUGGGCAUAAGUGGUUGGUCUAUGAACCGGAUUAUUGAUCAUGGAGGUGUUCAAGGACAAAAUGGGGCAACAUUUUUCUUCAUAACAUACUCGCUAAUAGCGGGAGCAGUUGGGGCAGUCUCAUGCUUGUAUGGACUAAACCAUGUUACAUAUUGGGGUCAUGAUAGCUUGCCAGCCACCGCUGCCGCCGCCUCCGUCGCUUGGAGCCUUACCGUGCUUGCGUUGGGCUUUGCUUCCAAACAUAUUAGGCUACACACCGAUAGUCAUCGCCUGAAAACAUUGGAGGCGUUCAUCAUCAUCCUUAGCGGGACAAUGCUUAUGUACAUUGGAGCCAUUCAUGGAGCAAUCAAAAGAGGAAACUAGAAGAUGUUCAAAUCAAUUUACCAACACAUAUUUAUAUUAAUAUUCGUUUGUUCAUAUAAUUAAAUUUGUUCAUAUAAAAUAUGGUUACGUUUGUGGAAGUGCAUGUAGCUUUGAUUUGUUUGUUGUAAUCUCUGAAAAGAUUCAAAUUUGCGAGUGUAGCUUUGAUUUGUUUGUUGUAAAUCUCAAUACGUUUGCAUAAAUAGAUAAGAGGAAUGGAAGAAAUAGAAAAGAUUGUUUCAUAGUUUCAUCUUGUAUUAUUGAUUGUACAUUAUACUGUUAAUAUAUUGCAAAUGCAUUUAUCAA